UAUAAAAGUGCGUUUAGAUUCCAGCCAAGACAUAUCACAAUGCGCUUCUUGAUCGCUUUCAGCUUCGUGUUGAUCGGGUGCUUCUACCUGGCGGAGGCAACUACCGCCACGACUUCGACCACAUCCGCCACGACCACCACUACCACCACCACUGCAGCCUCGUCAAGCGCCACUACCACUACCACCUCUUCAAGCGCCACGACUUCCUCCUCAUCCUCCUCCUCGAGUUCGGAUGCUGAGGCAAAACGCCGCAGACGUGCCCGCCGCAGGCGACUAGCUCGCGAGCGCCGCCGCCGCCAGGAGAGAAGGCAGCGCCAAGAAAAGCGAAGGCGCAGGAUGGAACAGCUACUCGAGAGGCAGCGUCGAUUGAUCCGUCAGUUGCAGGGAUAAAAGAGUUGGUUAUAGUGAAUUUAAAAAAAGUUAUACACUAAUUUAUCACACAUUAUUAAGUGUCCCUUAUUGAAUUUUUAAAAAUAAACUUAAGUGUUUGUCUCAAGCUGA